AUGUCCUCCGACGCGUUCGCCCAGAUCACCUUCGGCGCCGACGGCGCGCAGGGUCACUUCCUCGACGCCCCAUCCGGGUCCUCCGCCGCCGUGAUCGUGCUCCAGGAGUGGUGGGGCGUGAACGAGACGAUUAAAACUCACGCGAGGAAACUACGGGACGACAUCGGCGUCGCCGUUCUCGUGCCCGAUCUCUACCGGGGCUCCGUCGGCGUCGACGUCGAGGAGGCGCAUCAUUUGAUGAGUAAUCUCGACUGGACGCUCGCGACGAAGGAGAUCGGUGAGGCGGCGGAGGAGCUUCGAAAGCGUGGGGCAAACAAAGUCGGCGUCAUUGGAUUCUGCAUGGGCGGCGCGUUGACGUUAAUCGCGGGUGAGAAGGCGCCAGUAGACGCCAUCGCACCAUUUUACGGGUACAACGCGGGUGCAUGCGACGCGUCGGCGAUCGCAAUUCCAGUGCAGGGACACUUCGGAGAGAAGGACAACCUCACCGGAUUCUCAGACCCGGAGACAGCGAAACAGUUGAAGGAAAAGUUGACGAGAGAGAAUCAGGAAAUCUUCACGUACCCGGACGUCGGGCACGCGUUCAUGAACUCCGUGCCGGAUCCGUAUCCUGAUUUCGAAUCGCGCGAGCGCGUCCAGGGAUUUCCGCCGCUCAACGAAGCCACGGUAGCGCUCGCUUGGGGGCGCGUGGAGGCUUUCUUUAGAGCACACCUCUUGUAA